CCGACGCUUCCUCCCACGUAAAUACGAAAUGGAAAAAAUCAAUAAUUUUGACAAUUAAUUAAAGAAGCACAACAAAUGUUUUUGUAAAGUGUUAUUUUACUAAUAAAAAAUAAAAAUGAUGCAGGAAUACGACGAUGAUUACUUUUUCGAAGAGGAUAAAAUAAAUAUCUAUUGUUUGUGUAAUAUUCGAAGAAUAAUUUAGACGUAUUAUAUUGUGUUUUUUAUCGUUUUGUUAGUGAAAGAAUGUGGCAAAGUAAUCAUAUUUAUCCGUUUGAACCGAAAAUUUAUCCGCAACUUUCAUCACUACUACUUCAUACUAUGUAUGAGGAUAAAAUGGGCAUGACGGUGACGUCAGGUAGUGUUGUACUCAGCAAGGAUGAGAAGAAUCUAAUCGGGAUCAGUAUCGGCGGUGGGGCUCCACUCUGCCCCUGCUUGUAUAUCGUCCAGAUUUUCGACAACACGCCGGCUUCAAAAGAUGGAACUCUACAAAGCGGAGACGAAUUAGUGGGUGUUAAUGGACAGAGUGUGAAGGGAAAGACUAAAGUUGAAGUCGCGAAAAUGAUACAAAAUGCUAAGGACGAAGUAACGAUUAACUACAACAAACUUCACGCGGAUCCAAAGCAGGGUAAAUCAUUGGAUAUCAUAAUGAAGAAGAUGAAACACAGAUUGGUAGAGAAUAUGUCCGCGGGUACUGCUGACGCGUUAGGCUUCUCCAGAGCUAUACUCUGCAACGAUACUCUCGUCGCUAAACUUAACGAAAUGAGAGACACUGAAAAUACAUAUAAAAGAUUAGUAGAGAACGCUAAAAGAAUGUUAAAAUCUUACUUCGAUCUAUUACAAACAUAUAAAGCAUUGGGCGAUGUGUUCGCUGCUAUCGGUGUGAGGGAGCCUCAGGCGCGCGCUUCUGAGGCCUUCACUAAGUUCGGUCAGUACCACCGCACGCUGGAGAGAGAUGGCAUUAAAAUGUUAAAAACAUUGAAACCGAUUUUAUCAGAUAUGGGCACAUACCUUAACAAAGCGAUACCCGAUACAAAGUUAACUAUAAGGAAAUACGCGGACACGAAGUUUGAAUACCUCUCGUACUGUCUCAAAGUAAAGGAAAUGGAUGACGAGGAAUAUGGAUAUAAUGCACUACAAGAACCAUUGUAUAGAGUCGAAACUGGCAAUUAUGAAUACAGAUUGAUUUUAAGAUGUCGACAAGAAGCAAGAACUAGGUUCGCACGUCUUAGGUCAGAUGUUAUGGUGAAAUUGGAACUUUUAGACAAUAAGAAGACUCAGGACGUCGCAUAUCAACUCAAGAGAUUUAUACAAGGUUUAGCGGUCUACCAUAAUCAGACGGUGGAGCAUCUGAAAGAGAACUCGACAUUGUUCCCAGUGGAAGUGGACUUGUCACAGAAUGCCUUCCAGUACAAAUCUACGGCACAGAUAAUGCAGGACAAUCAAGACGACGAAGAUCUAGAAUACGGUAAAGAAAUUCAGGAAUAUCACGACGCGUCAGAUGAAGAAAAGGAGGGAAAAGUAAACAACCGGCGACAGACCAGAGACAAUGACGCUGACACAGAACAGUUGUUACCCGAACUGACAGCUGACGCGUUUGACAGCGACGUCAAAAACGAAACUGACAACCUGUCACUUUUGACAGAACUAGGUUUAGUUGACACGCAGUCGGAGGAAUUCGGUGAUUUUCAAAAUGGUUUGAGUGAUUUUAUCCAAAAAAGUGAUAAUACCGAUGUUUUCGAUAAGUUAUUAAAUGAUCUGGACAUUGGAAAGUAAUUUUUACUUUGUGAAUUGUGUUUUAUCUUAGUUAUAGAUUUUUUAGUUAAUUAUAUAAUAGCUUAUGUAUCCUAAAAUAAUGCUUUCUAUUUUAUAAUACAGAGGUAAAUAAAACUGUUUUAUUUAA